AUGAAGAUCCCGGGGAAUGUGGACGACACCCUCCAAGAGGCUACCGAGCAGACCCGGCUACUUGCUACUGGGGAUGUUGGGCCUAACACCGAGGCCGCUGAGCACCGCCGAGUUGCCGGGGAUGACGAGGAGGACAAGCCCAUGCCCGUGGUGCAGAUUCUGCUGCUCUGCUACGCGCGCUGGGUUGAGCCGGUUGCCUUCUUCUCCAUCUUCCCUUACAUCAACCAGAUGGUCCAGGAGAAUGGCAAUCUUGACAAUGCCGAUGCAGGCUUCUACAGCGGCCUGGUCGAGUCCAUCUUCUCCCUGACCCAGAUGUUCGUCAUGAUCAUGUGGGGAAGGGCGGCAGACCGCUUCGGCCGCAAGCCUGUGCUCGUCCUGUCGCUGAUCGGCGUGUCGUUAGCGACGGCCCUGUUCGGCAUGGCCAAGACCAUCUGGCAGACGAUCCUCUUCCGCAGUCUGGCCGGUGUCUUUGCCGGGACCAUCGUGACCAUCCGGACCAUGUUUUCUGAACACAGCACCGCCAAAACACAGGCACGGGUUUUUAGUUGGUUCGGCUUCACGGGGAACCUGGGAAUUCUGUUCGGGCCCCUUAUCGGCGGUGCCCUGGCCGACCCGGCCAGACAGUACCCCGGCGUUUUUGGAAACGUCCAACUCUUCCUCGACUACCCUUACCUACUUCCCAGCUUGACCGUGGGCGCCAUUGGGCUAUCCGCGGUGGUCGUUACGGUCCUCUUUGUUGAAGAGACGCUGGUAAAGGACCAAAAAGGCAGCGGCCGCGAAGAAUGGGGGGUCCGCAAGCCUAAGCCGCUCUCCACGUGGGAACUCGUCAGGUCGCCUGGCAUUCCCAUCGUACUCUACGUGUACGCACACAUCAUGCUCCUCGCCUUCGCCUACACAGCUAUUGUGCCGGUAUUCUGGUUCACCAAGGUCGAGCUAGGCGGAUUUGGCUUCUCUCCGCUGCAGAUCUCGCUCAUGCUGGCCCUGAACGGCCUGUCGCAAGCUGCAUGGGGUUUGCUUGUCUUUCCGCCUCUCCACCACCGUAUUGGCACCAAUGCGGUCCUACGGGGAUGCGCCAUAGCCUAUCCCUUUCUCUUCCUCGGGUUCCCCUUCCUCAACAUGCUCCUGCGCGAAGGCAGCGAUGCUAGCGUUACAAUUUUCUGGAUUGUCACGCCCACCCUAUUGAGCAUCGGCUGCGGAGUCAGCAUGUCGUUCACGGCAAUUCAACUAGCGAUCAACGAUGUUUCGCCAAGCCCUGUGACGCUGGGCACGCUCAACGCCGUCGCGCUGUCCAUUGCCAGCGGAGUACGGUCUUUCUCUCCUGCCCUGUUUUCGAGUCUGUUUGCGCUCGGUGCGCGCACCCAACUGUUUUGGGGCUACGCCAUCUGGGUUCUGAUGGCUAUGCUUGCUUUUGGUUUGACCAUUGCCAGCAGCUACCUGCCGGACUAUGAAGACCUGAAGAGGGAAAGGGAGAGGGGAAGGGAGGAGGAUAGAAGGAUAGACUAG